AUGCAAGAAGCCGACUUCGACAUGUCUGUAACUUCAGACUUCAUGAAGUGUUUCGACCAAAGCAUUACUUCCUUCGACUUAAAUAUUUGGCCAAAAGUUUUGAGAGCAUACGAUCAGGUGCAAGUGAAAGUGGAGCCUCUGACCCUCAUCGUGCCACAGUUCGAAGUUCCACUCCCCCCAUUGGAGCCUGCAGUGUUCCCGCCAAAUUUCCGAGAGCUACCUCCUCCAAAGCUGGAGCUCUUCGAUCUCGACGAAAUGUUCAGCAGCCAAGAAGUUCGCCUAGCUCAAUUAACAAAUAAAUGUGAAGAAAAAGAUCUGGAGUUCUAUAUACUCGAGGCUGGUGAAGUUCUUGGAGUAAAUUCAAGCUUGCCGAUCAACGAACGGAACCCAAAAAGGAUCCUGGAGCAUGUACUCACACAAUUGUUUGAAUUCAAAAAACUGGGACAGGACGGAGAUGUAGUUGACGCCAUACUGUAUGAUGUCCAAGCAGGGGACGACAUCGAGCCUGUGGAAGAAAUCUUUUCCGAUAUUGAAGACUAUGACGACCUCCAAUAA